AUGUCCGAGGAUGAGCAGAGGGAUGACAGUUACUGGCAAGAAAGAAAGUCACGUUUUUUAUUAGAUGUAGAUCCCAAGCAAGCCAAGCAGAGAGAUAAGAAUGAUACGUACAAGAGAUUCCAAUAUCUGUUAUCCUUGACGGAUUUGUUUCGCCAUUUCAUAAGUAUAAAGGCCAAACAUGAUAAGAGGAUGCAAAAACUACUAAAAUCGGUUGAGGGAACAUCAGCAUCAUCGUUAAAUAAUAAUACUGGAAAACUUUCAAGACACAAUAGAAAAUCUGAGAAAGAGGAAGAUGCAGAAUUAAUGAGGGAGGAAGAAGGUGGAGAUGAUGAUACUUUUGACGAAGUUGACGAUUUUGUAACUGAAUCGCCUAGUUUUGUAAAAUCAGGAAAGUUAAGAGACUAUCAGAUACAAGGUUUAAAUUGGUUAAUUUCACUUCACGAACACAAGUUAUCAGGUAUAUUAGCGGAUGAAAUGGGUCUAGGUAAAACUUUGCAAACCAUAUCAUUCUUAGGAUACUUAAGAUAUGUUAAAAAAAUCGAUGGCCCUUUCCUAGUAAUCGUACCGAAAUCAACACUACAUAAUUGGAAGCGUGAGUUCAACAAAUGGACACCCGAGGUAAACGUCUGUGUUUUACAUGGUGAUAAAGAAGCCAGACGUGAGAUUGUACAUGAUACAAUUUUAGAAGCUAAAUUUGAUGCCCUGGUUACAUCAUAUGAAAUGGUCAUUAGAGAAAAGAGUGAUCUAAGGAAAAUAGCUUGGCAAUACCUUAUUAUAGAUGAGGCACAUCGUAUUAAAAAUGAACAAAGUGCCCUAUCUCAAAUCAUAAGACUCCUUUAUUCGAGAAAUAGAUUGUUAAUUACGGGUACUCCGCUUCAAAAUAAUUUGCACGAAUUAUGGGCAUUGCUAAAUUUUCUUUUGCCGGAUGUGUUUGGUGACUCUGAAAUAUUUGAGGAAUGGUUUGAACAAAACAAUUCAGAGGAGGAUCAGGAAGUGCUAGUUCAACAACUGCACACCGUACUGAACCCAUUUUUAUUGAGAAGAAUCAAGGCUGAUGUGGAAAAAUCCCUUUUGCCAAAAAUCGAAACGAACGUUUAUGUAGGUAUGACGGAUAUGCAAAUCCAAUGGUACAAAUCUUUGCUAGAGAAGGAUAUUGAUGCUGUUAAUGGUGCUGUCGGAAAAAGGGAAGGUAAAACAAGGCUGCUGAAUAUCGUAAUGCAAUUGAGAAAAUGUUGCAAUCAUCCAUAUCUAUUUGAAGGUGCAGAACCGGGUCCACCAUACACAACUGAUGAGCAUCUCAUUUUCAACUCUGGUAAGAUGAUUAUUCUCGAUAAACUAUUAAAGAGACUGAAGGCGAAGGGUUCCCGUCUCCUAAUUUUCAGUCAGAUGUCAAGACUUUUGGAUAUCUUAGAAGAUUACUGCUACUUCAGAGACUACGAGUAUUGUAGAAUUGAUGGUUCCACUUCUCAUGAAGAACGUAUAGAGGCUAUUGAUGAAUAUAACAAACCUGAUUCAAGCAAAUUUGUAUUUUUAUUGACCACACGUGCAGGUGGUUUAGGUAUCAACUUGGUUACGGCAGACACCGUUGUAUUAUAUGAUAGUGAUUGGAAUCCUCAGGCUGACUUGCAAGCUAUGGACAGAGCUCAUAGAAUAGGACAAAAAAAGCAAGUAUAUGUUUACAGAUUCGUUACUGAAAAUGCAAUUGAGGAAAAAGUGAUCGAACGCGCUGCUCAAAAAUUAAGACUAGAUCAAUUAGUCAUUCAGCAAGGUGCUGGUAAGAAGACAGCGGCUCUCGGUAAUACAAAGGACGAUUUGGUGGAAAUGAUCCAAUAUGGUGCAAAAGAUAUGUUCGAUAAGAAAACUUCGAAUAUAACGGUGGAUGUUGAUAUUGAUGAAAUUUUGAAACAAGGCGAAAUGAAAACUAAAGAGCUGAAUUCCAAAUAUCAAUCGUUGGGUUUAGAUGAUUUACAAAAAUAUAAUGAAGUCGACAAUCAAUCUGCAUAUGAAUGGAAUGGGAAACAAUUCAAAAAGAAAUCCACUGAUAAGGUACUAAAUUGGAUCAACCCAUCCAAAAGGGAGAGAAGAAGAGAACAACAAACAUACUCUGUCGAUGAUUAUUAUAGAGAAAUAAUAGGAGGAGGUGGUCCAAAAUCAUCAAAGUUGACACCUCAACCUAGAGCUCCUCGUGCUCCGAAAGUUAUUACCGGUCAAGACUAUCAGUUUUUUCCUAAAGAGUUGGAUGAACUACAAGCGAAAGAGCAACUAUCAUUUAAGAGAAAAGUUGGUUACAAAGUCACUUCUUAUGAUAUCACUGGCGCAGCCGACUCCGACGAUGAAGUAGAAGAAAAGGAUGAGGCAGAUGAAAAAAGCAAAGAUGUAGAAGACUAUGAUUUAAAUCGAAAAAUUAAAGAAGAGCAAGAAAAGAUCGACAACGCUCCUACUUUCACAGAAGAGGAUGAACAAGAAAAGCAAAGGUUGCUAUCUUUGGCAUUUAAUAAAUGGACGAGGCGUGAUCUUUUGGCAUUUGUCAACGCAUGUGCGAAAUACGGCAGAGAUAAUAUGGUUAAGAUUAGAGAUUGUAUCGAUAGUAAGACUCCUGAAGAGGUUGAUGCAUACUCUAAGGUAUUCUGGGAGAGAUAUAAAGAAAUAAAUGGUUACGAGAAGCACAUAAAUACAAUAGAAAAUGGUGAGAAGAAGAAUGAAAAGUUAAAGUAUCAGGAAAUGGUUUUACGGAAAAAAAUAGAACAGUAUGACUUUCCUCUACAGGAGAUGAUGAUCCAAUAUCCCCCUAAUAAUGCAAGGAGGACUUAUAAUUCUUUAGAGGACAAGUUUAUUCUUAUCACUGUAAAUAAGCUCGGACUUUUAACAGAAAGGCUGUAUGAAAAGUUGAAGCAAGAAAUCAUAAUGACAGAUCUUUUCACCUUUGAUUGGUUUAUAAGGACGAGGACAAUUCAUGAAUUAUCAAAAAGAGCAAAUACCCUGCUGACUUUAGUUGUCCGUGAGUAUGAAUCACCAGAUAGGUUUAAAAAAAAAGAAAUAGACCCAACACUAGAGAUGAAUCUAAUACACCAUCUGUUAGUAAUAUAG